CCAUAGUUCAAAAACUCACAGCAUUUCAUUUUCUUCCACCUCACUUCCUCUUCGUCUUUCUCUCAGUUACUACUGACACAGAAGCAUGAGUGGAUUUCUUGACAUAGCUCUGCUGCUGCCGCUGCUGCUCUGUCUUCUCAAGGAUGCAACGUACAAGGCCACGGCGUGGGAUGAUAAGGAUUUCUUCAGCUACUGUCCACCAUCCUGGUGCAGCAAACAAGGGCCGGAGAUCAGGUUCCCUUUCAUGCUUGAAUCCAGCAAUACAUCAUCAUUAUGUGGAGCAUCAGACCUGAAGCUAGCAUGCUCUGGCCAGGACACCAUUCUGGUUCACCCAGCUCUUGCCUCAUACAUAGUGACUGCCAUAGAUUACAGGCGUGGUACCCUGACGCUUGUCCGGCGUGUGGACUCGUCAUCUCCCUCCUGCAGGCAGAAGCUCAUGUCAGCAGCCCUACCUCAUAGCACUGACCCCUUCCCACCAUUAUGCAAUCUUGGCUAUGCGGUGAUAGUAAGCUGCUUAACAGAGUUCACACCGAGUAAUCAUGCUGCCAAUUAUAUCUUCGGCCCAAUCUCGUGCCUUAGCAACACGACCCACUUCUCCUAUUUGGUGGAUGGUUCUGCAGAUCUGUAUGUGCUUCCAUUAGAUUGCAAGGUCGUGCCUGAUAGCUUCUUCCCGAUGAUUGACGAUUAUUAUAACCAGAUGCUCGGUCCCUCAAUAUUCAAGAAGAAAGCAGAAGGAAUAGUCAAUUUCUCCGAGACUACUUUCCAGUGUUGUCAAUUUGAUAUUUUAAACAACUGCAAACUGUGUGAGCUUGGUGGGAAACGUUGUGGGUUCAGCACACAGAGGAAUCAAACCUUCUGCAUGAGUCAUGGUUCACACGUCAAAGUAAUUGCAGCUACAUCAUCGGUAGCAGCAUUCGUUCUUUUGCUGAUGGUAGCUAUGGCACUUUAUGUUUCCCUUAAGACAAGAUAUAAUGAGGAGAUACACUUGAAGGUCGAAAUGUUUCUCAAGACAUAUGGCACCUUGAAACCCACAAGGUACACUUUCUCUGAAGUUAAGAAGAUAGCAAGGCGAUUCAAGGAAAAAGUAGGCCAGGGUGGAUUCGGAAGUGUAUACAAAGGCGAGCUACCAAAUGGUGUGCCUGUGGCUGUCAAAAUGUUAGAGAACACUACAGGAGAGGGAGAAGAAUUCAUCAAUGAAGUUGCAACAAUUGGACUAGUCCAUCAUGCAAAUAUUGUGCGCCUAUUAGGAUUUUGCUCCGAAGGAACACGACGUGCCCUUAUUUAUGAAUUCAUGCCUAAUGAGUCACUGGAGAAAUAUAUAUUCUUACAUCAUUCUAAUACCUCUCAAGAACUACUAGUGCCAAACAAAAUGGUAGCUGUUGCUUUAGGCAUUGCCCGAGGAAUGGAAUACCUACAUCAAGGAUGCAACAAGCGCAUCCUGCACUUUGACAUCAAGCCUCACAACAUCUUGCUGGACUACAACUUCAAUCCAAAGAUCUCAGACUUCGGCAUGGCAAAAUUGUGUGCAAGGGAUCAAAGCAUUGUUACCUUGACAGCAGCAAGAGGCACAAUGGGGUAUAUUGCACCAGAGCUCUAUUCUCGUAAUUUUGGAGGUGUAUCACAUAAGUCAGAUGUUUACAGUUUUGGUAUGUUGGUGUUAGAAAUGGUAAGCGGAAGGAGGAACUCAGACCCAAGUGUUGACAGCCAAAAUGAAGUUUACCUCCCAGAGUGGGUCUUUGAGAAAGUAAUCACUGAGCAGGACUUGGUAGCUAGAGACAUGACAGGAGAAGAGAAAGAAAGGGUGAAACAGCUUGCCAUCGUGGCACUAUGGUGCAUUCAGUGGAACCCAAGAAACCGACCCUCAAUGACAAAGGUGGUAAACAUGUUAACAGGGAGGUUGGAGAAUCUACAGAUGCCCCCAAAGCCUUUCGUCUCAUCUGGAAGUCAUGAGAUGCCAUAAAACAUGGAGCUAGUAGCUUACCAUGGUUUAAUUUAAUGAAUAACAGAGAGAGAAACUUAGUUACUCCAGUGUGUUUCAUGGUAAUUCAUAGCACUAGUAUGCAAUCUAUUUCGAUCUUUCUAUCGUAUUUGCAGCUGGCUUAUGAAUAGACUCAGUCAUCACCAUGUAAUACUAAUUAUUUGCAACGUAUCAAAUUGGAGUUGUGCUGUAAUUUAAAAUUUCGAAGAAAUGCGCUUUCCCCUUUUCCUGA